GGUUAUUAUUUUGCUAAUUCAUGUGGACCUAUGUCAGAUGUUGAUGAUUGUUGUGACUGUUUACUGAUGGGAAAGAUGUGUGUGUACUUAUGUCGAAUGAUUUGUCUAAUGGCUUUCAUCGCAGCUAAGAAAAGUGCGUCUGUCCUGUUUACACGACACCGUAAUAUCUGAAAGCCAGUUAGCUAUAACACAAACUUAAGUUAGAUCACCCAAAAAUGUAAAUCAUUUACUCACUUGCAUGUCAUUCCAGCCUCACAUUCAGUUUAUGUUUUUAGUUGUCAUUGAAGUGUUGUGAUGUUCCUGUGUCAGAUGUGUGUAACUGAUGUCAAGUCAUCCUCAUUUAUAUAGCGCUUUUAACAAUGAAGAUUGUUUCAAAGCAGCUUUACAGUAAUAAAAAUAUAGUUUAAAUUUAAGUUUUGUGUAAUUGUGUGUCACUGUUCUUUUCACAGACCAUCUCUCAUGACGUGCAUGCACACCAUCCGACGUAAAUUUUUCCUGAUUGGUGUUACACUGAUCAUUUUCUUAGUGUUGUUGAAAGUCAUGAAAAGCAUAUCAGAUCCCAGAACAUUUGGACCUGCAGCCGUGAUGUCAGACUUAAUGAGUAGUGCCAGUCUUGGACAAGACACAGUCUCAAGCAUAACUGAACACCAUCAUAGCUUUGGACCUUUGCGCAGGCCAAAUGUUACUUGUGAAGGAGCUGAACUCGCCAAGCAAUUUGCACCAGAAGAUAAACUGGAUGAUAUCAUUGAGCGCAGAACACAUGAGUUCAAUCAACAUCAACUCAGGAUGAAGACAAACGAAGAAAUUAUUAUCGCCACGGCCAACUCUCCUCUCCAAUAUCCUACCAGUUUCACUGUAGCUCCUCUGCAGAAAAGUUUAAUACCAGGUCUCGCUCUUCAAACACAAGGAAGAUGUGAGACAACAAUCAAGAGGGAGGCUUACAAGGUGUCUUUGAGCGUGAAGAGUGGAGUGCUGUCAGUAGAGAAGGUUCUGGAUGGACAGCAGGUGGAUGGACGGGGUCAGAGUGAACUGAACAUCUCAUCUAGCAGCCUCGCACAACUCAAUGAUCUGCUAUCAAGAGUGACCUACACCAGCACUAUCUACCGUGUCAAGGCUGAAGAUUUAGUUCAUUUCUCUUACGAUGACCACAAAGCCAUAUUCCCACUCAUGAUCAGGAGACCAUCAGUUCCUGUUCUUUUGGACCCAGGAAAAGAUAUUAACUCACAGGUUACCAUAAUUACCAAGACGUUCCUGAGGUAUAAGGAGCUGAACACCCUCAUCCAGAGUAUCAGGAAGUUUUACCCAAAUAUCAAGAUCAUUGUUGCGGAUGACAGCCUGAAGCCUGAGCAUGUGUCUGGAAACAACAUUGAGCACUACAUCAUGCCUCCUGCACAGGGAUGGUUUGCAGGCAGAAAUCUGGCUUUAUCCCAACUCACAACAAAAUACUUCUUGUGGGUAGAUGAUGAUUUUUUGUUCUUGAAAGAGACACGAAUUGAGAGUUUUGUGGAGAUUAUGGAAGCAGUUCCAGAACUAGACGUGCUUGGUGGUGAUGUCUCAGAUGACCAGUUCCAUUUCACUCUCGAGUAUGAUGAGGGAGAUGAAGAAGGUGGUUGUCUAAAGCGUAUUAAAGGAGGAUUCCAUCAGCGACUUUCCGGUUAUGAUCGAUGUGUUUUAGUGGAUGGCGUCAUUAAUUAUUUCUUGGCGAGGACUGAAGCCAUCCGAAGAAUUGGCUUUGACCCAUUACUUAAAAGAGUAGGACACACCGAGUUCUUCAUUGAUGCACUUGGGAAACUGUUAGUCGCAUCAUGCAAAGGACUUUCUAUUGGUCACCAGACACAUCGGGCACAAACCGAAUAUGACUCAUACCGGACUCAAGGGAAACUUGAAGAGAAGAGAAAACUAGCCCAUCAUUUCUUUAAGAAUUAUCUUAACUACAUCAAGUACUGAUUAGAAGUAAUUACUGAUCACACAGUAGUUACAAACAAAUUACUGUGCGAUCAGAUAAAACAACAAAUUGCACAGAUGACAUCUGCAAGUCACAAGAUUUUAGAUAAGUGGCCACUGGAGGCCGCUAGAGGUAGUAUAUUCUUAGUGAGGUAAUUCAUGUGACUGGGUUGGAGGCUGUGCACCCAGGAACCUGUAUAACUAAUAAUUCGAUUUGCACUUGCCUGACUUCUCUCAUCUCCGAAGAUCAGGGACAUGUAAGUUGACUCUUAAACUGUGUAAAUUGUGAAAUCCUGGUGCUCUUCACUUUACAAUAUUAAGUAGUUCAUGUAUUUCCAUUUUCAUGCGUUUUUGGUGAAGUUUGCUUUGUCUUAUUUCCACACAUGUGUGUGUGUGCUGUUUUAGUUCAGAGACCUUCAAGCUAGCGGCUAAUUCCGAAAAGCAGCAAAUCUAAAAUUUGCACCCUUGGUGAGCGGAGUAAGGUGUGUCAUUUGGCUCUAUGUAUAAUAGGACUUCAAGGAUGUAAAAUGUCAAAUUUUGACUGUUAUUGGAAAUUAUUUUUGUUGUUUAUCUUGUACCAUGAAAGUGUAUAUGUUAAAGGAGACAAUUAUUGUCUUUAGUUGUUAUUUAAAUAACUUAAAAGGUCACUUGAUUUGCAUUGUACAUGUACAAAAAUGCAUCUUGAUGUACUGUAAAUGAGGUGAGGAUUUUGUUUGCGAAUUUGUGUCUAAAGGUUCAUUAAUCAGCUAUUUGUGUUUACUUAUAGUUUUCACGGUGCUCACGCUGAUUUGGAUGAAUAAAAAUUACUGCACCCGU